CAGUGACGUGGCUUUUGAUUCGCCUUAUUUAAAGGGAUGGACGUAACCAAUAAUGUGAGCAGAUAGUCUAUCAGUUAGUUAAUCAGUUUGAUUGUUUCAAAAGCGAAAAGCAUAAAUCAUGGAACUGAAACAAAUACGAGUUUGCUCAUCCUCACAAAUUGUGCUACUACUUUGUGCUCUUUCCUAUGGCUUGGCAUUUCCCACAGAAAAAGAGGAAACCUAUGUUGCCUCCACAGAAAAAGAGGAAACCAUCAAUGUUGCCUCCACAGAAAAACAAGAACCAAAUGUUGCUCAAAAUUCUGCUAAAAGUAUAACGGAAGCCUCUGGCCAGGAAACACAAACGGCUCGAUCGAAUAGAAAGGAAACCUACGACAAAGUAAUGCAGCUGGUGGGUGAUAUUCAAUCAAAGGAAACAAAUAGCAUCGACGACACCCAUCUGAGGACCGAAGUGCAGAACGCCAUCCAGGAACGUUUGAAGAAUCCGAUAGCAGAUGUUGUGGGCAACAUAGGAUAUUUUUCUAAGGUCCAAGAUUGUUUCAAAACCUUAGCUGAUGCUGUGAAGGGAGCUGUGGAUGAGGUCAAAAAGACGUACGACGAUUGUCGCAAAAAUAAGGAAAAUAGCAUUGCCAGCUGUUUGAAUCCUGCUAGCGCUACGCUGCGAUUGAAAAUGGAACCCAUGAACACCAACAUCCAAACGUGUAUGCAAAGCAACAGCUCUUCUUAAUGAAAUUGAACGAUUGAUGAUUCUUUCAGCAUAUUUUAACAAUAGUCUGGCACGUAUUUCACCGAUAUGUAUAGAACCAAUAUGUAUGAAUAUCACCUACUUGAAUAAAAAUCGAAUCACGUUCAAUGUA